AAUUCUUAAAACCCUCGGACCUAGAAAAGCUUCUCCAUCGCCACUGAUUUCUAAAAAGGAGUUGGCUUGAAGCUAGAAAAUAUAAGGGACCAAGGUAGAUUCCCAAAAAAUGGAUAAUUCGAAAGUGGAAGUUGACAAUGAUAAUGCAAGCGGAUCCAAAGGAUCAAGCGUUGGGGAAAACAGUUUGGAUUCUGAAGAGUAUGAUGAUAUGUCUGAUGAUUCAACAGAGGAGGAGUCUGAUGAAAAUUCUGCGAGCGAUGGAAAAAUCCUUAUGGAUUAUCUUAUGUCUGAAAUGAUUGCUGAUAUGUAUCAUGAUAUGUUUGAUGAUAUGUUUGGUGAUUUCCUUUUCGAUGAUUUUCUUGGAGCUAGCAUCCCUUCACUUAGCGCACUACAAACCUGCAAUAAGCAGCCCUCAGAUGACAAGACUAGUACAGUGUUUGAUACAAUGAAGGUCCUCAAUAAUCUAACUGGUGUGAGGAUGUGGUCGCCUUUAUACAUUGCAUCGUUGAGUCAUAUUCAGGCUGAUGUAACUCACAGAGAGGCAUUCUUAGCAUUUUCUGAUCCCGAGGAUAAGAUUUGCUACUUAGAGCACAAGACUGGCAAAAAGAGAGAUGAAUGAAUGACUCAUGUGUAUUGCUUUUGCUUAUUAAAAUGUUUUCCUAUUG